AUGUCGAUUCGGGCGGUUGCGGGCUUCCUCGUUUCGCCCUUCAUUUUGAUGGGAGCGAUUUUCGCCUUUUCGACCAUUUUCCUGACUGAGAAACAGCGCCACACAAAUCAGCGACUGGAAAAGCUCGUUACUGACGUGAGGAAACUACACAAAACACACGAAACACUCGCCAAGGGCCACAACCAGCUGACUGGAGGAGUCGAUGGUCUUUCAGACAUCAUCGAAGGCCAGCACGAGAAAUUGGUGGAAAUCGAACGCUUCUCUUCGCAACGAAAUGUUCAUGUGACUGGUAUUCCCGAGCGGCGAGAUGAAAACCCCGAAAAUAUGAUUCGCGAGUUGUUCUCGAAGAAGUUAAAAGUCGACUUUGAUGUGAAGGACAUUGAGUCCGCAACGCGACUCGGCCUGAAGAGUGAGGAGGGACCACGGGACAUUGUCGUCAAGUUCGCCAAUUUCAAGGACAAGAAAAAGUGCCUUGAAACUGCGCACUUACUCGAUGGCUCGCCUUACAUGGUCAAAGAUGCACUAUAA